UCAAACACAAAAUAUGUAGAAUCAGCUAAACGUAAAGGCAAAAUUCAUAAAUCAAGCAAUAAUCAAAAAAAACCAAAAAAAACCAAAUCAAGUAGCAAUUCAAGGAUGAUGAUUGAAGAUACAGCUAAUAUUAAUACACAAGCUUCUGAAGAUCUAUCACAACAAGAGCAAUAUAUAUCAUUAUUGGAAAAGAGGAUUCAAUUGGAAGAGAAACUCUAUGAAGCU